AUGACGAACUUCAACGCAAUGUCCCUCAUCCUGGCCAUCGGUGUCGGCGUGUCCGGUCUCGCAUCGGCCGAAAGUGAGCCAUUCUUUUGCCGCCAAGCGACCGACUGUGGUGAAUGCAUUCAGAACGGAUGUAGCUGGGCUGCCGAACAGUGCAUCAACUCUUGCGCGGAAAUUGCGGAUGUAAAGUGCUACAACCUGGAACCAUUCCCUCGUAUGAGCAGCCGACAACUCUGCGCAAUGGCAGAAAUGGAAAAACUCGAUGACGAACUUUGUUCUUUACAGGAGGGUUGCUUCACAUGCACAUCUGCCAUCAAAUCAAACGGCGAGAGCUGCGCAUGGUACAUUGAUGAAUCCACCAAGAUGGGAUAUUGUGGAUCAGGAUUUUGCGAUGCGCUGGGCAACUGCCCUGUUGAUAGUUGCAGCAGCCUUGGAGGCGGUGCCGGCGAGCUACCAAUUCCAGUUCCAUUGCCAGUGGACUACAACUGUCAAUCAAGAACCUCCUGCUCCUCUUGUAUGGCGGGUGAAAGUACUUGUGCGUGGGCAGGAGGACGUUGUUUAGACUCGUGCAUGCAAAUUGCCGAUGCACCGUGCUAUACUCACGACACGUUCCAGAAUAAUCUGAGUGGAGAUGAAAUAUGCCAGGUUGUCGAAGGAGCCAACACAAGUCAAGAGAGGUGCCAGGCUGCCAAUAGUUGCCAACAAUGCACAAACACAAUGAAGACAGCAAACGGAGUGGAAACUUGCUCUUGGUACACAGAUGGCGCAAUUGGAUGGUGUGGAAAGGGUGGAUGCGAUAUGAACGGCAUUUGUGGAUCUUCCACCUGCUCGGCGGUUCAAGGCCAGACAACAAAGCACCACGGUAGCGUCAGGGGCUCCAACUAG